AUGGCAUCAAGGUCGUCGAGUCAUUCCGACGGCGAGGUUAGCAGCUCAGAUUCGGAGGCGAAGGCAAAGAUCAUACCAUCUUCCCACAGUAACAGCAAAGUUGACCGUCAUACCAGACCCUUUUCUACCGCCACGCCUAGAUCACGUCGAUCGCGUUCGAGAUCUCCCUACCGAGCUCCUAGGGGCGAGAAACGGCCGCGGGACUACGACUCUCCUACGAACAGGUCCAGACAUGAUCCGCGAACGUUUUCUGUGAGAUACGACGAGGACAGAGGCCACCGCCGGCAUAUGCCCUACGAAGAAAGAGGCUCUAAGCGUUCCAGAACAUAUUCGCACAGUCGCAGUAGAAGCAGGUCGCCUUAUCGACGUUCGAGGGACAAAGACAGUGACAGGACGAAGUCGAAGAAGGCCGCAGCCGGUUCGGGCAGGGGCGAUGCAGAGCCGCGUCCGCACCAUCCGGUAGACGCUGGUGAAUUGCGAUCAAGUAGACAAGGUACACCUUCGACGGACAAGCAACAGCAACACGGCUCAGAAUCCGCGACACCUUCCACUCAAUCAUUGACUGGUGGUCCCGGAUCAAGCAGAGAUCUACCUAGUGAUGCUAAUGCUGCAACGCCAGAAGUCGCUGACGAAGCCGAGGAACCAAAGAUAGUCGAUGAGGCAGCCCUCAUUGAGCAACGACGCAGGCGCCGAGAAGCCAUCAAGAACAAAUACAAAAGCCAGGCUACCCCUCUUCUAGUUCAAGCAUUGCAUACGGGCGCCGAGGGGAAAAUUGGUAGUCCUGCCCCGGAAAGUUACCCUACCACGCCAGGUCGUUCCGAAUCGCCGCCCUCGACUCCUCGAUCACCGAAGGAAGUAUCAGCGCCGCAGUCUCCUGCCGAACUCAGUUUUGAUGCUGACGCUGAAAUGAGCAAUCCUGCUAGAGGCACGCCGCCUGCUGAUGGACCGUCGGCUGCAGACUACGACCCUACGGCGGACAUGGAAGAAGAGCGCGCACGCCACGACAAGCGAUUGUUCAAGGAGGAUGAUAAGUCACUUACGAAAGCAGAUGAGCAGGCUGUUGAACAUACCCAAGGAUCAACUGCACCUGCUCCUCAGAAAACUAAUGACUUUGAUAUGUUUGCCGAUGAAGAUGAUGACGAUAUGUUUGCAGAGGCGCCCAUGAAACCAAAGGCAGAGGCGCAGACAGCUCAAGCCCUUGAUGUCAAUCUCAUGGAUAACUGGGAUGAUCCCGAAGGUUAUUACAUCACAAUACUUGGUGAGCUGAUUAUGGAUCGUUACCAUGUAACUCAAAACCUCGGUCGGGGAAUGUUCUCGUCUGUCGUUCGAGCCACCGACAGGCAGACAGGCAAACCGGUGGCCAUUAAGAUUGUUCGAAAUAACGAGUCUAUGAGAAAAGCCGGCAUCAAAGAGAUUGACAUACUCAAGGAUAUUGCCGCCAACGACCCAGAGGACAAAAAGCAUGUCAUUCGUCUGGAACGUUCUUUUGAUCACAAAGGCCAUUUGUGCAUGGUUUUUGAAAGCCUUUCCAUGAAUCUGCGAGAAGUGCUGAAGAAGUUUGGCAGAGAUGUCGGCCUCAACAUCAAAGCCAUUCGAGCAUAUUCUCAGCAAUUGUUCCUGGGAUUGAGCUUGUUGAAAAAGUGUCAGUAUAUCCACGCUGAUCUUAAGCCAGACAACAUACUCGUCAAUGAAGCGAGGAGCACCCUCAAGAUCUGUGAUCUGGGAUCAGCUUCUCCAAUUACAGAGAAUGCAACGGCACCGUAUCUCGUGUCUCGCUUCUAUCGAGCCCCAGAAGUCAUUCUUGGCAUUCCUUACGAUUAUGGUGUGGACAUGUGGUCAAUUGGAUGCACACUGUUCGAAUUGUAUACCGGCAAGAUUCUGUUCACGGGUCGAAACAACAACGGAAUGUUGAAAGCGAUCAUGGAGUGCCGCGGCAAGUUUCCACAUAAAUUGUUGCGGAGAGGUGCCUUGACCUAUGACUAUUUUGACGACCUGCUCAAUUUCCGAGCUCAAGAAGUCGACAAGGUAACUGGCCGAACCCUGGUACGUAUGAUCGACAUCAAGCCGAAACCGGUUAAGGACUUGAGAUCAAGGUUGAUGCCAAAGGACAAACGGAUGAGUGAACAAGAGAGGAAGGAACUGGAAUUGUUCGUUGAUCUAUUGGACAAGUGCUUGGACUUGAGACCUGAGAAGCGAAUCACUCCAACAGACGCUCUUAAGCAUCCCUUCAUCUUAAGAGCGAAAGGCUAG